AUGGCAUUUUCUCCUCGGAAAACGAUAUCAAAUUUUACCAACACUACUGCCAACAGAGGAACUGAGGCCAAAGAAAUAGAAAUCGCUAAUACACGAUUAGACGUGGAGCCGAGCCGGUGCAGGGCGGCUGGUGACGCUACCAGCUCGCCGCCCGCCACGGACUCGUCUGCUUCCUACGUACAAGUGGUGGUUCAGAAGCAAAAACACGGAUCUCGUCGCUUGCCCCUCGCAUCGAGUCCCACUCCGCCAGAACUCAAUCUCCCGGUUCAAAGGACUAAAAAUAAUUUUUGGCGAAGGAUGAGCAACAUCGCUUCUGGGAGAGAAGAGUAUUGGUCUGAAGAAGGGCCGGAUCGGCUAGAGGUGUACCCGUUCGAGCGAGGCUGCGAGGUGCUUUGGUCGCGCUCGGCCGCUCGGGUCACGCACGUGGAGCGGCUGGGCCGCGCGCUCUCCGGGCCUGCCGGACGGUCCUUCGGAAUGAGAUAUCGUAAGCUAAGCGGUAGGAAGACAAGUAAGAACACCACUGCCGUCAGGUGCGCGCUGUCGGCGGCGCGCGCGGCGGUGUGCGGCGCCGUGCAAGCGCUAGCGGACGAGGCGCUGAAGCCGGCGCUGGCGCUGGGCUACAACGCGCUGGCGCGGCCGCCGCUGGUGCUGGCGGCGCAGCUGGCGGCGGCGGCGCGCGACGCGCUGCGCCCGCUGUGGCUGGCGCUCGCCGACGCGGCCGAGCCGCUGGCGCGCCUGCUCGCCAACCUGCGCCUGGUGCACGUGGAGACUCGAUGUGCGUGCCCACAUAACGUAUAG